GUAGAGUGAGUCCACUUUGAAUUGCUUUGUUGUUGGAGGAUAGGUAGAUAGAUAAGUGGAGACUCCCCAUCUCCUUUGACAAAAGUGAUUAAAGAAAAUGCUGCAAUGUCCUAAUUAUGAAGCAUUUGUUAGGCUUUUCUACAAUCUCUCCACCUCUCUCUUCCUUCUCUUCAUCUUCUUACACUUCACUUCCAUCUUUCUUGCAAAGAUACUCAUCUUCUUUGGAGGAAACCCCUUCUACCAAAGGAGUGAAGAUGGGUACGAAUACGAUGCCUUCUCGGACGAGGAAAACAACGUUUAUGGCGACCGCGCCAAGGCCGUGGAGGAGGAAGGCCGUGCUAGCGUGGUUUGUGGAUGGGACGAUCGUGCGGCCGUGAGGGAUGCGUAUGAAUGUAGCAAUGAGGAGGCGGCAGACGAGAGCUUGGAAACUAGUGAAGCAACUAGUUAUAGCACUCCAGGUGUGGAGUCUAGUGGUGAUGAUGAGGAAGAGGGAGUUGGUGAGGAAGAGAUUCUAGCAAGAGAUACUGAUUCUUUGUAUGGUUCCGAAGCAAAUGAAGUUGAGCCCACAUCAAGAUUUGGGACCAGCAUGAGGAGAAACAUCUUGGAGAGCAAUAAUGAGACUCAUGAAGGUCUUUCGGGCAAGUACGAGAGCCGGAUGCUGAGAAACCAGCAGCAGCAUGUCGAGAUCAGUUUGAGGCAAGAAGAGGAUUUUCUCGUCUUUCAACCGCCUAUAGCGGAAGCCAAGAAGUUAGUCCAAGAAAAGGAGGAUGGCGAGAUAUUUGGAGACACUUUCACUAUAGGAUCGACGUCUAAAGAUUCAUCGGAGUGGAGAAGCUCCAUCAACUAUAGAGACUCGGGCACCGAUGAUCCGUUUUCAUCGUCCUCAAGACGAAGCUGCCCCAAGUGGGAGUCCUACACCGUCUUCCAGAAAUACGAUGAGGAAAUGCUGUUUUUAGACCGUAUUAGUGCUCAAAAGCUCCACGAAACAGAAUCACUGAGAUCAAUACAGGCAUGUCCAAGAUCCAUAUCAGAAAGAAUAGUUCACAAGCUGAGGACAAAGAGCAGCAGAUCAUCAGAGUUCAGACACAACCCCUACCAUGAACUUGAGUCUGCAUAUGUUGCACAGAUUUGCCUGACAUGGGAAGCCCUCAACUGGAACUACAAGUACUUCCAACGCCUCAGGGCUUCACGACGAGAAUUUGAUCCGGGAUGCCCUGCAUACGUCGCGCAGCAGUUUCAACAGUUCCAGGUUCUGCUGCAGAGGUACGUCGAGAACGAGCCAUACGAACACGGCCGGAGACCAGAAAUCUAUGCCAGAAUGAGAAGCUUGGCACCUAAGCUGCUUCAGGUUCCAGAAUACAGAGAUUCUGAUGAUGAGAAAAGAGAGGAAGGCCUGAGCUCAAGAAUCCCUUCAACAUCAUUUCUCCUCAUCAUGGAAGAAUCAAUAAGGACAUUCAUGACUUUCCUCAAACAAGACAAGAAAAGUAACUACCAAAUUCUUGCAGAUUUGUUCAGGAGAAACAGAAGAGGCUCAGCUGAUGCUACUCUUCUCCUCCUACUAAAGAAAGUAAACAAAAAGAAAAAGGCAAAGCUGAACGAGCUUCGUCGGUCAGGGAGGUGCCUGAGGAAGAGGAAGUUGAGAGAGGAGGAGGAGUUGGAGAUAUUGAUGGCUCAAAUAGACCUAAAAGUAGUGUCAAGAGUGUUGAGGAUGGCAGAUCUGAAUGGGGAACAGUUGCACUGGUGUGAAAACAAGAUGAGCAAAGUUAGAGUCUCUGAUGGGAAGCUACAAAGAGAUUCCUCCCCACUUUUCUUCCCAGCCCACUGACACGCACACGA